AUGGCCAACGGUGAUGAAUCCAGCGAAACCAAGGUCUCCCUUGCAAGUCUUCCCGACCGUAUCUUGAAGAGAAUCUACUCCUACCUCGAUGUGCCUCUGGUGUGUCGAGCAUACGUGGCGUUUUCUCCUAACCAGUGUGCCAAAGUCGCUGCCGAGGUUUUAAAGGAUUGUAAAGUGAAUGUGUCAAUUGACGCCAUUGAUGGGGAUUUGGAUGAAAUAAACUUUGACAUGCUUGCAAAGCUCCCUCCGUGUAAUGUCGCUGUGACGGCGACUGACGCCACUUGGGUCCCAUCUGUUGAAAGACUCAAUCGCCUAAAACUCACUACGCUAGAGAUGAUCAUAACCGAGGAUUUCAAAGAGAUCGAUGAGUUGUUUUCUCAAGUGAUUUUGCUGCAUCCUAUUAAGACUUUAAGACUCACAAAUGUCAUCGUCGCGAUUCAAUGUCUUCCGAGGAACAUCUGCCUGAUUUAUAUUGAAAAGUGUCGUGUUUCAGGUCUAAAAUUCUUUGGAGUCUUCAACAAUCUUCACGAUCUAACUAUCGUGGACUCUACCUACGUGCCACCUGAAGAUCCAGACGAGCCAGUCUGCGUCAUGCUACCAAGCUCUUUGAAGGAGGUGACACUACCCCAAUAUUGGCAUCAGAUUGAUUACGCAUUGGCAAGCGGACUUCGAUACGCUAGCACUGAAAUUUCAAAGCCAUACUUUAGUAGGCAUACUUUGGAGACUCUUGCACAUACUGAUAUUCCUCGAUGGGAAGAAAUGAAGAAUUUGAAGCGAAUCAAGGUGACAGAACAGGGCCCUGACCACCGAAACUCAUUCAAAGAAAUUAACCUUCCGAAGCUUGAAUCUGUUGAGAUUAAAAGGGGGUUGGAGCUUAAUCCACAACGCACAGAGGCCUCUGAACUCUUCACGGAACUGCAAAUGACCCAGUUGAUCGAAUUCAAUGCCCCUGAUUACUGUAUCAAGGACUUUGGACCUUUUAAACAGCUCCGAAGUGUUCAUAUCAUAUUAGAAGAACCGUUGACUAAGGACCUUUCCCUACCUCCUACCCUUGAAAGUCUCCAUGUUGAGACGUGCUACCCAGUUGAAAGUGUUCCAGCACAAAUCAGAGUUUUAGGCAUAAAUGUUUUUGAGAAAACCGAUUUGUCAAACAGGUUACAGUUCAAUCCGGAUGUGACUGUUGCCUCUCCCAAGAUUCGUGAAUUAUCUGUGAGUGGUGCUCACAACGUGUCCGUGCUGUGUGUUCAACUAAGACACUUAACGUUGAAGAAAUGUGACGGAGAAAUGUCUCUAAACACUCCCAACAUGAAUAAGGUGGAGAUAACUGGCAUGAAGCAUGAUGACUUUGCUUAUAUCACAGAGAAGAGCUCUGUGUCGUUUGUCAAACUUGUUGAUUGUCAUGCAAAAAGCUUACACUUUGGACACCGGUUGGAUAAAUUGAUUUGCGAGCAGGUGCUAAUCAGUUCACUUCGGGUCGAGGCCCUCAAAGUUCGCUACUCAAGUGAAGACGCUACCAAUGUCUUUAUUAGAGCCGACUCAGCUGUUAUCGAUAUACCAUAUCCUUGGGAACGGUUGAGGUUAGACAUCGAAUGUCGACAUUUGCUGACUUCGAUUUAUCGACAAUUGCUUUAUGAAAGUGUUAAAUCACUCACACUCUGGCACAAGGGUCCAGGUGUAAUGAAUUUGCCUUACAAUGCUUUUGGAAGUACCAAGUUGGAAAGAGUGAUUCUAAAAAAUGUCACUGUGGCAAGAGGCUUCCGUAUUCCUGACACAGUGAAGACGUUGAUUUUCAUCGAUAUGGGAGGUUCUACGCUCGACCUUGACUUUGACGACGAUACUCAGCUUCAGCAUCUAGAAAUCCGUCAGGUUAACAAGCGCUCAAUUUGGAACGAUCAAAUGAAGCUGAUUUCAGAAAAAAACCUUGGCUUCAGUAAACGACCUCCAAUAUGCAAGUUCUACGGAUUGGAUGUACUUGAGGAUAUCGAUGUCGAUUUUGAUGAACACCCAGCAAAACGUCCUCGAUUAGAAUAUGUUGAUUGA